AUGCAUCCCCCCAUUCCUUUUCCUUCCCGUAGCUUUCUUCUUUGCCGCUUUGCGUGCCUCCCUCCCCCUCUGUCUCGUCCGCAGCAGCCAGCGGCUGGGACGAUGAGGUCGUCGGCGGUGGCGGUGCCAGUGCCGGUGCGGCGGCAGCUGCUGCCAUGCUUGGCCCUGCUGCUUCUUGCGGGUGCGGCGUCCGCCCAGGCCCAGAAGUACAACGCGGUGUUCAACUUCGGCGACUCCAUCACUGACACGGGCAACCUGUGCACGAGCGGGAAGCCGACGGCGAUCACCUUCACGCAGCCGCCCUACGGCGAGACCUACUUCGGCACCCCCACCUGCCGGUGCUCCGACGGCCGCGUCAUCGUCGACUUCCUCAGCACCAAGUUUGGGGUGCCGUUCCUGCCACCGUCCAAGGCGAACGGCACGGACUUCAAGCAGGGCGCGAACAUGGCCAUCACGGGGGCGACGGCCAUGGACGCGCCCUUCUUCCGCGGCCUCGGCCUCUCGGACAAGAUCUGGAACAACGGGCCCAUCAGCUUCCAGAUCCAGUGGUUCCAGCAGAUCACCGCCACCGUGUGCGGGAACGACUGCAAGCGGUACCUGCGGGACUCGCUGGUGGUGUUCGGCGAGUUCGGCGGCAACGACUACAACGCGAUGCUGUUCGGCAACUACAACCCGGACCAAGCGAGCCGGUACACGACCAAGAUCGUCAACACCAUCAUCAGGGGCGUGGAGAAGGUGGUGGCCAUGGGGGCCAGGGAUGUGGUGGUGCCCGGGGUGCUCCCCAUCGGGUGCUUCCCCAUCUACCUCACUGUCUACGGCACCAACAGCAGCGCCGACUACGACAGCCUCGGCUGCCUCCGCAAGUUCAACGACCUCUCCACGUUCCACAACAACCUGCUCCAGGCCAAGAUCGCCCGCCUCCGGAAGCGCUACGGCCGGGCGGCGCGGAUCAUGUACGCCGACUUCUACUCCGCCGUCUACGACAUGGUCCAGAACCCAAGCAAAUACGGUUUCAACGCGGCUUUCGAGGCGUGCUGCGGCUCCGGGGGAGGCAAGUAUAACUACGCCAACAGCGCGAGGUGCGGGAUGCCGGGCGCGGCGGCGUGCGCCAACCCGGCCGACCACCUCAGCUGGGACGGCAUCCACCUCACUGAGGCAGCAUACAAGCAGAUCACCGACGGCUGGCUCAACGGGGCAUACUGCAGCCCGCCUAUUCUCCACACCUAA